AGGAAAACUUCUCUGAUCUCUUUCCAGGAGCUCUUUGGUGGAGGCUCCCCAGGAUCAGUGUCUUCACAUUGACCUUUGGGGGCUGGCAGUAGGGGAGGGAAACGGUGGGAGAAAUUGGAAGACUCUGGGUGAAGGGAUGCCCCCUGUGAAACCUUGAUAAGUGUUGAGGGCUUUGAACUUUUGGCAGAUAUAGGAGAGGAGCCUGUGUGUUUGUGUGUGUGUGAGUGUGUUGUGGGGGUGGAGGGAGUGGGACAAGAGAUUGAUAUUCAGUAGAGGAAACUCAAGCAAUCAAAUUUCCACCAUCACUUUAUUUUUAAAGGGGGUCAAGUUUGAGUUUCAAGGUGCAAAAAUCCUGUGAGCUCGUUCUGACUGCUGAUACCAGUUUGCAUUUGGGAGCCAUGACACAGUGGUAAUGGAAAGUCCUGAAAAGACUUCACUUUCCUUCUGUAUUUGUCCAAGGGUCUAAAGUCCUAGAGAAUGACCUAGCACUUAAGAACCCAACCUGGGCCUUUUUAGGGCCAGCAGUGAGUGAGGAGACCUGGCUGAGCCAAAGCAGUGAGACCGGGUCAAAAACAAGCCAGGUGCCUCAGCAAAAGUUUUUGAUGGGUUUUUGUUCUUUAUUUUUUGCUUGAGAGCCAGGCACUUGGGGUGCAUUAGACCCUUUUCAGGGACUAUUGAAUUAACGUUAGUACAAUCUUUGGAAGAGUUGGGGUUUUUUUUCCUCUUCUUUUUUGUUUUUGUUUUGUUUUGAGAAGAAAAGUUGGGAAAACCAAGAACUCAAGAUUGGAUGAAGAGAUCCUGGUGUGUCUAAGAAAACCUGGUUAAAGAGUUUAAUCCAGGAUGGAUUUGGCAGAACCACAGCAGUUGGGCAUGUUUACAGAAAGUGAACUGAUGUCUGUGGGCAUGGACACAUUUAUCCACCGAAUAGACUCCACGGAAGUCAUCUACCAGCCAAGACGGAAAAGAGCCAAACUCAUUGGCAAAUACCUGAUGGGGGAUUUGCUGGGAGAAGGAUCCUAUGGGAAAGUGAAGGAGAUGCUGGACUCUGAAACCCUGUGCCGAAGAGCUGUGAAAAUCCUCAAAAAGAAAAAGUUGCGAAGGAUCCCCAAUGGGGAGGCGAAUGUUAAAAAGGAGAUCCAGCUACUGAGGAGGUUACGGCACAAAAACGUCAUACAGCUGGUGGAUGUAUUGUAUAAUGAAGAGAAGCAGAAAAUGUAUAUGGUGAUGGAGUACUGUGUGUGUGGAAUGCAGGAGAUGCUGGACAGCGUUCCAGAGAAGAGAUUUCCAGUCUUUCAGGCUCACGGGUACUUUUGCCAGCUUAUAGAUGGGUUAGAAUACUUACAUAGCCAAGGAAUUGUCCACAAAGAUAUAAAACCAGGGAACCUGCUACUUACAACCAAUGGGACAUUAAAAAUAUCUGACUUAGGAGUAGCAGAGGCAUUGCAUCCUUUUGCAGAAGAUGAUACGUGCAGAACGAGCCAAGGGUCACCAGCAUUCCAGCCACCAGAAAUAGCCAAUGGCUUAGACACUUUUUCAGGCUUUAAAGUGGACAUUUGGUCAGCUGGGGUCACGCUAUACAACAUUACGACAGGUCUUUACCCCUUUGAAGGGGACAACAUCUAUAAAUUAUUUGAAAACAUUGGGAAAGGAGACUACACGAUUCCAGGGGAUUGUGGUCCUCCACUCUCUGACCUGCUGAAAGGACAGGUCCCUGAGGAGGAGGCUGGACAAAAUGGACAGAACCGUGGGAGCCGGGGUCCCCCCAAGAUAGUGUGCAUGAACGGCACUGAGACAGCGCAGCUGAGCACCAAAGCCAAAGCUGAGCGGAGGGUCAGCGCCUCCUCCAAUCCCUCCCGCAAGGCGCCCUCUGCCAGCAGCAAGAUCCGCCGGCUGUCAGCUUGCAAGCAGCAGUGACCUUCCCCCACCCUGGGGCUGGGGCCCAGAAAGCAUCCUGCUUGGGAGCUCCGUGGGCCAGGCCAUUUGCUCUCUGCAUCUCCUCUUCUCGCCUUGGACACAUCCCACUCCCUCACCCAGCCCUUCCCCAGGCAGAUGAAACCUCCACACCGACCCCAAUCAGUUCUCAGACUUGAGGAGAGGACAAGCUGCAGGUUCCUCGGGCCCAGGAGAAGGCAGAUAUUCCCCUCUCCCAGCUGCAUCCCCCCACACACCUACUGAACAGCGCCUUUUGCCAAUCACCCCACCCCCAAUUCAGCAUCUCCAUCCUGCACUGCUCCCCCUUCCCCAAGGCGACAGGAGGAGAAGCGCCAGGAAGGAACUCUGGGAGGGAAGCAGAGACGGCUCUUCUCUCUGCUCCCGUCUGUCCGUCCUGCCUGACUGUCCAUCUAUCGUAUUUUCUACCAGCCAAGUUCAGCUGUCCAGUGAGAGCGUGCCCUACCCUGCCCUGCCCUUCCAAAGGUGGACAACUUCUGUGCAAAGCCAUCAUAAUGCACUUUAUGUUUUAAACUACUGGUAUCUAUUUUUCCCCCCUUAUUUUUGUUUUUACUUUGCGAUAUAUUAGAGAUUCUCCCACACAUUGUGAUGUUUAAACAAAUCACAAAACAACAGAAACAGGUAUUAAAGAAAUGAACUUCUCCUGUUAAAAAAAAAACUGCGUUGCAUGCUGUACAGGGCUAAGAGAGGGAGACUUUGAGUGGCUACUUUUUUUUUUUUAAGAAAAAAUAAAACGAAGAGGUGGAUUUGA